ACGGUAAUUGACUAUCGCGAUGUCGUCUCUGACUGAUGCCACCAAGAUGCACGUUGCCAAGUGCCUGAGCUGCCCGGCUAAGGGCAACCUGGGCAGGCGCUACGAGUGCAUCGUUUGUGGCGACUCGGUGACCUACUGCGGCGACUGCUAUGACGAGGGCAAGAAUGUGCCCAGCGAGAAGCACAAGUACUAUCAUCCCAUGAAAGCUAUCUAUAAUCGCGAUUUCUUUGAGCUCUAUUUCCUCGGCGAGGAGAUGGUCAAUGGCGAGGCUCCGCAGAGCUACAAGUGCGCCUUCUGCGAUGAGCUGGGCUUCACGGCCGAGGAGCUGCAGCUGCACGUGGUCGAGAAGCAUAGCGGACACUGCGAUGCGCCCAAGCUGCUGGACAUUUUGGAGCAAAUGAAUGAGCAGAAGAAAUCCACUGAGAUACGCUGCCAGGAGAAGUCGCGCGGCGGCCUUAGCUAUGAGGUCAUCCUGGCCGAGCCAGCACCCAAUGUGGCCGUGCCCAAGCGACCCGUUACACCGGGCAAGAAUGUCAGCGUCGAGGAGAUCGAGCAGAAGCUAAAGGCAGCCGAGGAGCGUCGCAUUUCCUUGGAGGCACGCAAGAUGGCCGAGAUCUCCAUUAAGCUGGCCAAGGUGGAGGAAGCUACACGCAAAAAGGAUGAGAUCACCAACGAGUUCAUCACUCAGACCAAGGAGCAGCUGGAGACCAAAAUGGAGACUCACGUGGAGAAGCGCGAGGCCAUUAUCAGCGACAUGAAGGAGAAACUAAAGAUUCAUGCCCAGGAGAUUGAGAAGACGCGCGAGACUUUGGAGCAGCAAAAGGCCAAUGAGCAGAAGGCCAUUGAGGAGAAGUUGAAGACAGCUCAGGCUUUGCGCGAUGAGAACAUCAAGAAGAUGUUGAAUCGUCUCAAGGAGCACAACACAAUCAAAAUUGCUGAAAUCAAAACGCAGAAUAAUCAAUUGGAAAAUCAAAAGCUCGAGGAGAAAGCGCGCAUUAUCGAAAACAAAUUAUACACCGCCGAGCAGAAUCGCGAAAAGGAGUUGCUCAAAAAAAUUGAGAAAGCUCAGAAACUUGAACGUCGCGCUGAGGUCGUGCGUCAGAACAAGGCUCAGACCCAGGAUAUGGAAGGACAACAGAGUCCCAUUGCCUCGUCGGGUUAGGGCGGCGCGUGGGCAAAGGCUGCUU